UGGCUACCCUACCAGCUGGUGCCAUUGCGCAACCUGCUGUUCCAGCUCCCGCUCCUGUUCCCGUCGCAAUCCAACCGAUUCCUCCUCCUGCGAAGCAGGCACAUUCCCUGAUUCCGGUACAGCUCCGUGAAGCCGCUCUCGAUUCGCCCAGUUUCAGAGCGAGUAUUCGGCAUUUGGAGGAUCAGGUUGAUGCAGUGGAGAAAUGGAUGGAAGGGUUCGUGAAGGCAACUAAGGAGUUUACGCAUCAUUUGCAGUAUGCUGAAGGAAUAUCCGAACGAUUUUACCAAGCAGCAGUACCAACCUUCAACUCCGAGGCCAUCGUCGAUCCGGAUUAUACCCUCCUUAUGCUCAACGACUUCUCCUCCUCCCUCCGCCUCUACUGGUCACAAAUCUUCAAAUCCGCCCACGCGGCCGAGAAAGAGUUCUGUGAGCCAAUAUCUGCAUUUAUUCGUUCGGACCUCAAGGAGUUCAAGGAAGCGCGGAGACAGUAUCAUGCUGCGUUUACUAACUACGAGAAUAUGUGUACCCGGUAUGCUUCGCAAUCAAAGACCAAGGAACCGUCGGCGCUGCGCGAAGAUGCCUGGCAACUCUUUGAGAGCCGUAAGGUAUAUCUACACGCCUCGCUCUCCUACGCCGUCAAGAUCUCCACCCUCCGCUCCGCAAUCGACCGUAUUUUAAUCACGACCUACACCCACGGCUUCACAACCUACAACACGGCCGUAAAAGACCUCUACGACCAACACCGCCGAAAGGCCGACGAAAUAUACCGUAUCCACGCUUGGUCUGAAGAGAUGUCCAAAGCGACCAAGAAUAUCGAGGAGUUCUUGCUUAAGGCGCGGAAUGAGCUCGAGGAGGAGGCCCUCAGGCUCGCGAGCCCGCCGAGGGAGUUGAUGGAGUAUAGCGUCAGCACUGUUGCCUCUGUGGGGCAGUUACCUGCUACGAGUCUGGGAAUGGGCGCGCACGCUGGAAGCAUCGCCUUCAGCCCGAGCGGAAAACCAAGCAAGCAGGGCUACCUCCACGUCCGCACUACAACCGGAAAGCCCGCCCGCUACAUCUGGGUCCGCCGCUGGUUCUUCCUCAAAGAAGGGCAAUUCGGAUGGCUCAUCCAAGGCGCACGAGUCGCCGGUGUCGAGGAAAGUGAUAAAAUCGGAGUACUCCUCUGCAACGUGAAACCCGUCGCUACGGAAGACCGAAGAUUCUGUUUCGAUGUACAGACCCGGAACCAGAGCUUGCUUUGUCAGGCGGAGACGGAGGGGGAUUUAGCGGAUUGGUUGAGGGUGUUUGAUCUGGCGAAGGCGGCCGCCCUGAAGGAGGGGGAUGGGACGCUCAGUCAUAUGCAUGCGCGCGAGAUUACUGCACCGGUGUUUGCGGAAUUCAAGCCUGCGACGGACGCAGAGGGCGGUGUUCCCGGCUCGGCUUCAAUGCAGAACCUGGCAGUAGCUGACCCGUUGGCGGCGGGGAGAGGGAGUAUUGAUACUGGGGCUGUAGCUGGAGGCUCGGGGGUUGUUGAGGCGAGUCCAAGCAAGGGACAAAGGAUUGCUGCGAAAAUUGGGUUGAGGGGACAUAGUGCUUCCGUCAGUGCUGGUUCUGGUUCUGCUUCUGGCGCCGCGGCGGGAGCAGGAGCGGGUGUUGUUGGGUUGGUGGCGAGUACGUUGAGUGCCAUCACCGGUGUGACGAAUCCCACGCCUGAGACGGCGGAGGAGGCACUCAAGUUUGAAGGGAGUACGUUGGCGCCGAGCACGGUUGCGCUUCCACCCAUUCCCACGCAGUUGAGUAAGAGUGCGAUUUAUGCGCACGCGGCAACGGGGGAUCCACAGAACGGAAACGCCCCGAAUGGGAUGAUGGCCAAUUUCUGGGGUUCGAUGAAUUGGGGACUCAUUCCUACUAAUCGUAUCGGGCAGGAUGCGUCGCAUGAUCAGCGUGGGGUUGGCAAGCUCUUAUCUGGUCCAAUGAGUGCGGCGGAUGCGACGUUUGAGGCGAGUGUCGACACCGGGACGGGAGCGGGUGCGGCGGGGGUUAGUAGGAGGGCGAGUAUGAGGAGUACGAUGAGUGGUGCGACGGAGGUGACGCCGGAGAAGAGCUGGAAUCCGAUCAAGAGAGUUGGGGAGAAGCUGGUUGGGAGGCAUAGACGGUCGAGUUCCGUCAAUAGCGAGUACUCUGGUACGGAGAGUGCGCCUGUCGUCCCACAGCCUCCCUCAUACCCGCCGGGUUAUCCGGCCGAGCUGAAGGUUCAGGAUGCGCAAUUCCGAGCGCUCUUCCCAGCUGCGCCGAAAAACGAGAGGGUAUUGUUUGUGUUUAGAGCGACGUGGAAGCCGACUGCCAAACAGCAAUAUUCUGGAAGGGUGUUUGUUACUGUGAGUGCGUUCUAUGUGUAUUCGCACUACAUGGGACUCGUAAUGGUUAGUUCGACGCCGUUUAGGGAGGUGAGCUCCAUUCAGGCGUUCAGUGGCAAGCACUGCGACUAUAUUGUUCUGGAAACACAGGACUCGAAUCGGUUGGAGGUGAAAGUGUAUGUUGAUUCUGCGCAUGCGACACAGCGCCGUAUUGGGCUCUUGUUGAAAAAUUAUUAUUCUGAGGAGCCCUUGGAUACGAAUGGGAUUUUCGAGGAGUUGAUGAAGAUGACGAGUACGGAAACUGAUCAUUUGGCGAAUCAUCGGAGACAGGGUGAGAGGGGGUUGGUGCCGUCAACAGAUGAUAGUUUGGAUGGGGAUGAGUUGGAUGAGGUUGGGGUUGAGAAGAUUCGAAAGGCGCAAGGACGGGUGUUGCGUACGAAGGGUGAGGAGGUGGAGGUUGCGCAGCGUGGUAUCGAUGGGCGCGUGAAAGAGGUUGCGAGAUAUAAGUUACCCCAGGAACCCGUGAUUUGCGGAUGUCGUGACCACCUUGAUCGGAAGGAGUUUGAGCAUAUAUUCCCGAUCCCUGCAAAGGCUUUGUUCCACGUCAUCUUUGGUGGAAAGAGUGGGAUUUGGCAAAGGUUGUAUAAGGACCGUGGUGUGCAUAAGUUUGAGCAGCAUCCAUGGAGGCAGAUCCCGGGUGGGUUGUCGAGGAGGGAGUUUAAGUAUGACAUCACGUACAAGGACGCGAAUAGUAUGGCGAAGGUGCAGCCGAUUGUGGAGCACCAGACUAUCGAGAAGGAGGAUGAGCGGCUCUGCUAUGUUGUGGAGGAUGUGAAGAGGCCGUUCGAUUUGCCGAAACAUGAUAGGUUCACGACGGUCACGAAGUUCUGUAUCACGCAUGAGGGCAAAGGAAAGUGUCGUCUCGUUAUCUGGACUGGAGUUAGGUGGGAAGGUGCGAGUACGGCUAUGCAGGGAACCCUUCGUCGCUCAGCCCAGGUUGGAUUGAAGGAGAUGUCAAAGGGAAUUGUGGAGCUGGUUAUGGGUCAAGUCAAGCUUCUUGGCCCCAGCGCGUCGGCGAGUAAGGCUGUGAAGAUCUUUGGCGAGGUAGAUAAUACGCACCAGGAUCCUGCGUUCUUUGGGACGGAUGUUACGGGUGAUGCGCUGCUUGCUUCGGAUAUCGAUCCGAGUGCGCCGCGUUUGCCUGUUGCGUACCGAAGGACGAAUUUGGGGUUGUUGAAGGAGGAUGUUGUUAGUGGUGCGGAGACGGCUGUUGGGUUGUUGGCUACGGUCUUGAAGAAGGUGUGGGAGUUUGCGACUACGAACAAUAUCUUCACUGCCUUCUUGCUGGUGUCGUUGGUUGCGAACAUGAUUUUGAGUUCGCGUUCGACGGUGUCGUAUUGGAACGAGAAGAGGGCUUAUCAUUUGAUGCAGGCCGUGGGAGUCAAGCCUGAUGGUAUCAUGUCGAAGGCGGUAUACUUGCAGGACCUGAAUGAUUUGGUGUUUAAUUCUACGGAGUUGAGGUCAUCGAAUGCUGGGUUGUGUUACGCAGAGUUCCAGGUUCAGCAGUCGCAUAAUGACAUCAACGGACCUGUCGAGCUUGACACGAUUAUCGAUUACACUCUACCGUCAACGAGAGCUGCGGCAAACCGCUUGCGCAGUUCUCGUCAGCGUAUCGGUGCUUUGAGACAUGACAUGCUCGUGUCUCUUCGCACGAUAAAUCACGUCGAGCGAACGCUCAUUGAGAGUGAGUGGAAUAACUUCUUGGUGGAGGAGACGUGGAAGUGCAAGCGUGCAGAGAAGCUCAUGAAGGAUGCCGUUCUCGCUCGCAAUAUGGGUAAGCGUGCGAUGACGGAUGAGGAAAUGGAGGCUUGGCUGGAUUUGGAGAAGUAUUGCAUUGAUUGUCGGGCGGAGUACGAGGAGGGCCACACGACGGAAUUUUUGUCACUUGAUUAAGGUAGCAAACAUAGUCAGGCUUAGGAGUAGUGCUAUGUACAUCAUUUCGAGGUUCGUUGGGAAAACAUUGCAGUUUUGGUAAUAAGGUUUAGUCUUGCAUCGGUCCG